GGGAGGUUGCGUAAAGAAGAAGAACAAGCUAGCCGCUAGCCUCCCGGAGCUGCAGCCCCGCUUCUCUCUCAGCCGAUCAACAUGGUCCAAUUGGUGGGUUCCCUCCGACGAGAGCUGGCUGAGUCGCUCUCCACCUGCAAGGUGCUGGUGGUGGGAGCGGGAGGAAUCGGCUGCGAGCUGCUCAAGAACCUCGUCCUCACCGGCUUCAAGAACAUCGAAGUGAUCGACUUGGACACGAUCGAUGUCAGCAACCUCAACCGUCAGUUCCUCUUUCAGAAGAAACAUGUUGGCAAGUCUAAAGCGCAGGUGGCCAAGGAGAGCGCCUUGCAGUUCUGUCCCAGUGCCAACAUCACUGCCUACCACGACAGCAUCAUGAACCCUGAUUACAACGUGGAGUUCUUCAGGAAGUUCAUGCUGGUGAUGAACGCUCUGGAUAACAGAGCUGCCCGUAACCAUGUCAACAGGAUGUGUUUGGCAGCUGAUAUCCCUCUGAUAGAGAGCGGCACUGCUGGAUACCUGGGACAAGUCACAGUCAUCAAGAAGGGAAUGACCGAGUGCUACGAGUGCCAACCUAAGCCCACCCAGAAGACCUUCCCAGGAUGCACCAUAAGGAACACACCGUCUGAGCCCAUCCACUGCAUCGUCUGGGCCAAGUAUCUCUUCAAUCAGCUGUUUGGAGAAGAGGAUGCAGAUCAAGAGGUGUCGCCUGAUACAGCAGAUCCAGAGGCUGCAUGGAAUCCUGAAGACACGGCAGCUCGAGCCACAGCCUCAGAAAAGGAUGGAGACAUCAAGCGAGUCUCCACCAAGGAAUGGGCUCGAUCCACCGGAUACGACUCAGUCAAGCUCUUCAACAAGCUUUUCAAAGAUGACAUCAUGUACCUGCUGACCAUGGACAAGCUGUGGAAGAAGAGGAAAGCACCAAUACCUCUGGACUGGCAGCAGCUAGAGAAUAGCAUGCGUCCUCAGGAGGAAAGUCCAGCCUCAGGUCUGAAGGAUCAGCAGGUUCUGGGUGUUUGGGGUUAUUGCCAGCUGUUCCAGCACAGCGUGGAGACUCUGCGCUUACAGCUGCAGGAGAAAGGAGAAGGUUCUGAGCUGGUCUGGGACAAGGACGAUCCUCCAGCGAUGGACUUCGUUACGGCAGCAGCAAACCUCCGUAUGCACAUCUUCAGCAUGAACAUGAAGAGUCGCUUUGAUGUGAAGUCGAUGGCCGGUAACAUCAUUCCAGCCAUCGCUACAACCAACGCCGUCAUCGCUGGACUCAUCGUGCUGGAGGGGCUGAAGAUUCUGUCUGGGGAGCUGGAAUCCUGUCGCACGAUCUUCCUGAACAAGUGUCCCAACCUCCGGAAGAAGCUGCUGGUCCCCUGCAUCCUGGACCCGCCCAGCGCUAACUGCUACGUCUGCGCUAGCAAACCUGAAGUCACAGUGAAGCUCAACGUCCAGAAAACCACAGUCCUCUCUCUGCAGGACAGGAUUCUGAAGGAGAGGUUUGGGAUGGUUGCUCCAGAUGUGCAAAUAGAAGACGGAAAAGGAACCAUCCUCAUCUCCUCAGAGGAAGGAGAGACAGAAGCGAAUAACAACAAGUUUCUUGGUGACUUUGGGAUCCGUAACGGCAGCCGUCUCCAAGCCGACGACUUCCUCCAAGACUACACACUCCUCAUCAACGUCCUGCACACCGAGGAACUGGAGCGGGAUGUGGAGUUCGAGGUCGUAGGCGAGGCCCCAGACAAAGCUCCGCCCCCUCAGAAUAACCAGGAAGAGGUGAACAGCAUCACCAACGGCAACAAGGACUCCGCCCAGCCGUCCACGUCCUCCAAAGCUCCUGCGGAGGACGACGACAUCAUGAUCGUCGACUCUGAUGAGGAGGAGGCGGCGGCGUCCAGCUCUGUGGCGGCGACCAGCGGCACCAAGAGGAAACAUCCGGACGCAGAAACCGGCGAAACCUCCAGCAAACGCCCUCGAACGGACCAGUCAGCAGCUGCCCCCACUGACGACGAUGAUGACAUCAUCGCUCUGGACUGACUUCCCCCCCUCCGAAGGACUGAGAACUCUUUGAACACUUGUCAUUUUGACUCCAGACCAACAGUAGGCUCCAAUAAAACACCUUCAUGAAGAACAAUUUACUGCCCCGGUUCGUGUUUCGUCACUUCCUUCCCCCUCCAGACGUGUUUGUGCUUUCAUACUCCCUCCACUCUGACAUGAUGCUGUAAAUAGAUUCUACGUUUUAAAAAAGAAAAAAAAGGUUUUGAAAAAUACACACAACUUCUCUUGUUAUUUUUAUUCAUUUCUGGUCCUUAUGAAAUGCUUCUCUUGAUGGUUUAAAAAAAAAAGUAAAGGAAAAAAGUGCUUUUUUUGUAUUUUUUAUAAACGUACUGUAUUUCUCAUGCUACUCAAGUCAGGGUGUUUUUGUGCUUUGUUAUCAAAAUGAAUUGAGAUUUAAAAACCAAAAAACUUUGAUUGGGUUGUGAUAAUCGGGACUGAAUCUGGACGGUAAAGCACAGAGGCGCUGCUGCGGAGCUCGAUUGUGCCAAGGGGCGAUAGUUUGCUACCUCUUUUCUAGAACUAACAAGUUUCGGCCGCAGAUCCGUCGUCCAGCUCUUCGGAAAUCAGAUUAAAAGUUACUCAAAUGGUCACGGGGAGGAGCUGAUGUGGCUCCUUUGAAGCGACUGCACUGUACCUGUUCGAGGCUCAGGCUAAGCUCCAGCAGCUUAGACCCCUGCUAGCGUUAGUUCAGUGUUACACUUGCUUUAUAUUCGUAGGACUCGGUUCAGUUUGUCCAGAGGUGGUGUGGUGGUUGGACCGGUUCGUUCUGUUUCAUACUGUGGAGGUUGGACCGGUUCAGGCAGUGGAGUCGUGCACUUCAGUAACAUAAAGUGUAGCAGCUGCUGUCUGCUCCAGUCCGACCCUCCAUCAGUGUCCAUAAUUUCAUAUUUCAUUGUGAUCUGACUUGUUGAAAGGCCAUGAGAUGCCUUUGGACCAAUUUGAUGAAGACAAUAAAGUCAAUAAUUGCCGAGG